AUAACAGUGAUCUAAUUGCUUGUACAGUCAUAACAAAGGAUGGAGGUCAAGUUCAAAGAUUCCUGGCUGUGGAUAUUUACCAGAUGAGUUUGGUUGAGCCAGAUGUUGCCAGACUUGGAUGGGGUGUAGUUAAGUUUGCAGGCCUUUUGCAGGAUAUGCAGGUGACGGGGGUAGAGGAUGACAGUAGAGCUCUGAACAUAAUUAUUCAUAAGCCUGCCUCCAGUCCUCAUUCUAAGCCUUUCCCUAUCCUUCAAGCUACAUUUAUAUUUUCUGAUCACAUUCGCUGCAUUAUUGCAAAACAACGUCUUGCAAAAGGCCGUAUCCAAGCGCGGCGUAUGAAAAUGCAGAGAAUAGCAGCUCUCCUGGAUCUUCCUGUUCAGCCUUCAACUGAAAUUGUUAUGGGUUUUGGACACAGCUCUGCAGCUACAGCCCAACACCUCCCAUUUAGAUUUUAUGAUCAGUCACGACGUGGUACCAGUGAUCCUACAGUGCAACGCUCUGUUUUUGCAUCUGUUGACAAAGUUCCAGGCUUUGCUGUAGCCCAGUGUAUAAAUCAGCACAAUUCGUCACCACUCUCAUCACCAUCACCUUCCAGUGGCAGUGGGAGUACGGGGCGUUGUGAUUCAGUGACUGCAAGCUCAACAUCCACUCCUUCUGCUGCACAGAGCCCAUCAGUAAGGUCUGGCAGGAAAGGACGUCGGCGGGUGUUUAGUCUGUCGGAGGCUGACAGUCACGGUGGACACUGGGUUUAG